CACGGUUAUAGGUGAAAUGAAAGAAAAAGGAUAGAGUUCAGGUUAUACCAUUUGUACCUCCCAUGGGGUCGCGCGCUAACUGCCAAAAGCAGUUAACGAUGUUGGAGCUCUCCGUAUUAAUCGUCUAGCGCCGUUUAACCUACAUGAACGAUAAGAAGCAAACCGUUUUAGCAGAGCCGCGACUUAGCGGUCAGCUGCGAUUCUACCUGAGCAUUACCGACGGUCCCACGCCAGCGUACUGGAAGCACGAUGGUCAGCGCUUCGCUGGGAAAGCCGAGGGCGACAAGCGGCCAGGUGACUGGUUGACGCUGUGCAGUGCCAGCACCCUCAAGUUGUGUGCUGGCGCCACCUACCAGCUUAGCCUCGCCAGCAACCAGCCGGUCAGCAUAAGGCCCGGCUCGGGCCGCUGGUGCGUCAGAGAGGUAGAUACGCAUGGCAACGUAGUAGAGGCCCCGCCGCUGCUUGCACCAGCUGCCUACCCCGGCGCUGCGCACCCCCACUCCUCGCAGCCGGCCGCUGCGGGAACCCUCGGCUUUGGCGGCGGCGACAGCGGCUUGUCCGGGCCGCCGGGUGUGGGUGCGGGUGGCGGGUUCCCUGACCCCCAGGCGCUGGUGUGGUCUCCUGCUGAUGCGGCUGAGGGUGCGGAUGCGGGUCGAACCCUGCACCGGGCUGCCUGGCGCUGCUGUCUGGAGCCUGUGGCGGCGGGGCGGCGGAGGUAUCUGUGCCUGCAAGCACAUGUGGAGGAGUUCGGAUUGGUCACCUGCCCCAUCCAAAUCAAGGUGUACAAGCCGCGAGACAAGAACGCCUUGCAGACAUUUCCCCUGCGGUACAUUCAAUACGAUUUCCGGGAAGACUCGUCGUACACGGCUGUGCUCUCCGCCGUCAACUAUCACCGGUACUGAGGGUUGGCGCCGCACGCGCUGAGGAGAGGUAGACAGGGGUCCAGUGUCCAACUGGAGGUAACGAAGCGCGAUGGAAACUAUGAAGUAGCUUCAACUAGCUUGAACUAGGGUCGAAAAUAAGUGGCACGGUUAAACCUGAUAAGGCCUGACCCUGCGUCGGCUGGUUUGUCGAAUAGCAUCGGAC